CCAAAGCUCACUCCAUGAUUAUUAAAAUGAAAGGAAAAAAUAUAUCAAAUAUGGCGGCUAAAGUUAAAAAAGACUUCCAAGUCAAAGGGUGGAGUAGCAGUACUACUACUAAACAAUUUCAUCUCUGCACUUCCCCUAUCAUCUUCCCUUCACAUAGAGAAAGAUUCAAUUCAGGAUUCAAAAAAACCAAACUGAAAUGGAGAACAACGAGAAAGACUCAAUGGUGCACGACAUCGUUUUGCAAGUCAUCAUUGCGUUGGUGAUGGCGAUCUCGUUCCUCUUCAUGCACGACAUACCGAAGAAGAUGUGGACCAAGUUCCGCCUCAGAAACCGCGCAGACAUUCAAGCGAAGCGUCACUUCGUCCAAGGAGCGCAGCUUCUGGCUCGAGCCAGAUCCUCCAAAUCCCGAACCCUAGCCAAGGAAGCCAUAGCCGAAGCCGAACGAGCCAUCUCGCUGGACCCUAGGGACGCCGCCAACUACCUCCUUAAGGCUCUCGUCCUCGAUUUUCAGGGCUUCCGUACCUCCGCUCUCGAUUCACUCGACGUUGCUCUCUCCCCUCUCGCUGCUAAGUCCCUCACCGAUGCGGAGCGUGGCGACGCGCUUCUCAAGAGAGCCGAGUUGAAAUUGGGGACGACGACUCACCGCGCCAACAACCGUGUUGACUCGGCAAUCGCUGAUUUGAACGAGUCGGUUAAGCUCAGCGCCAACAACGCGAGGGCUUUUUGUGUGUUGGGAGAGUGCUAUGAGAAGAAGAAGAUGAACGAUGAUGCUAGGAAGGCUUACCACGAUGCUCUCCAAUUGGAUCCUCAAUUGCGUGUGGCUCAACAAGCCCUCCUCAGGUUCGGUUCUUAAACUCAAAAUUGGUCUCUAAUUUUGACACCGAUUUUGAUAUUACAGUGUCCUGUUUCGUGUUUGGAUUAUACUUUGCGCCUUCAAAUUCGUUGAGUUAGAUCUAUUAUUAACAUAUUUGGUAUCCAAAAAUCGUGGUUAGAUUGUGUUUGAGUAUGACUUUAGGUUUGGAUCAAACCGUGGUUGGCGAAUUAUAAUCCAAACAUGCUAAGGCUAAUGUUAUUUUGGUAAUUUUCCAAGUUGUACACGUUCGCAGGAUUGUAUCUAUAAUCGCUGGGUUUAGAGAUGUGAGUAUUGUGUGCGGUGAUGUGAGCUUUGAGAUGAGAAAUCUUAAUUCGCUUUGUACUUCUUGCUUUGAAAAUUGGGAGACGGUCUUGAAAUUCACGAGUACCUUUUUGUUUUAUGCCACUU